GAAAAUAUUGCAUCUCGUCCUUCUAUCCAACCCUCUCAAAUUCUUCUGGGGCUCCAAAUUCACCAUGAUCCAACUUGACAACUUCCCAACCGGCGAGGACGGCUCUGAAGUCACCGAGGUGUACCAACGAUGCGUUCUCGUGUCUGGCAGGUGUAACACCAAGUCCGCCCAGGCGCAGAAUGAUAGUCAUGUCCUCGUUGAAACGAGUGACGGAUUUGACAAAACCUUGUUUCCCGAACAACGAUGGCCCAUGUGUCAUGGCCACUUCAAGGCCCUUUUGCUGCUCUCGCCCGGCCUCAACAAGAUCUCCAUCACAGCCGAAGAUGCGGUUCGCACAGAGACGCCACCUCUGCACCUGGCCAUCAUGAUUGCCAAAGACUCUCCCCUCCUCAUCGACUGCCCUCCCGUAAAGUUCGGCGGCCUUUCCAGUGCCCACUCCAGUCUCGACGCCGCCAUCGCCAAGUUCCGCAUGUCGGCCUACAUGUGGCAAGCUCUCACAGCCGAGGACCUCCGUGCCCAAGGCCUGGGGCGCCGCUCGUUCCGUCUCGAGGAAGAAUGGUCCACCGACACGCUCAGCCAACGCUCCCAACAAACCCCAACCGCAGGCACCGUCCCCAAAGUGCACCUCAUCCGCACCGAAAAAACGGUCGCCGAGCUGCGCGACGCCAACCUCGCCCAGCAAAACCCCCAGGCCCGCAGGCCCGACGACCUGCACACCAUCUUCACCAACGCGCUCCUCGCCCACGGCGGGCCCUUCACCACGCAGAACCGGCCCAUCGUCGCCGGCCUGAUCCUCGACUCCCACUACGACGCGGCCGGCAGCGCCAGCCCCACCACCGACUCCAACAACAAGCCGCUGAUCCUCGCCCACGCCGCGCUCGGCAGCCACGACCCGCGCGGCCUGUCGCUGGGCAUGUUCGGCAGCCACCUGACCUACGCCUGGCCGCGCUUCCUCGACGAGGUGCCCGCCUGCCUGCUGGACCGGGCCGCGCCCGGCGACACGGUCGGCAACGACAACGGCCAGUGCAACGCCCUGUGGCAGGCGUGCGCCGUCGGCCAGGGCGCCUUCUUGCACGAGGCGGGGAUUGCGAAGAUGGUCUUUUUUGAAGAAGGGAAGGAAGAGUAUCGAGAUGAAGAGACGGCUUCCGUUUCCAACCCGGUUAAGUCCGUCCGCUACUCGCACGCGGAGCUCAAGAGUCGGUUCGGUUCCGGCACCCUCAAGUUGGAAAUCACCGGCAUGAACGGCAAGCAGCACUCCGUCGGUAACAUCUGGAAAUUGUUCCGGAGCAGGACCAGCGUUUUGGUGCCGGGUACCAACAUCCGACUUUUGAAGCAAUGCGUCAGCGGCGACAGUUCAGGAGACGACGAUUCGAACAGUUGGACAUGGGCGGUCAUGUUGAAGAAGCGAGACAGCAAGGGCAACCUGGUGGCUGCGUCGAAGAUUGAUAUUCGUGUCGGGUGUGGUUUGGACGGCGCAGUGGUCUACUACGCAGAUGGGACCAAGAUCCCUUGUGGACCUCGCGGUCGGGACGGAAACGACCCAUCGAUGGGUGGCCACCAAGCGAGGAAGCUGGCGCUUCCCCGGAACGUCGAGAUUUCCAAGGUCGCAGUUACACGACAAGGCAUUCCGCCUCUGAACCACAAGAUCAUCGGGUUCCAUGGAAUCAGCGGUAAAUGGGGGAUGUGUUCCAGCUUCGGCAUCGUGACCGCUCCACGAGAUGCGGACCUCCCUGACUCAGUCUACGACAUGGAGGAACUCCAGAAUAACCCGGAUCAAGACCAACACCGAAACAAGAAGCGCCGUGUGCAUGAGGAAAAGGAGGACUCGGACGACGAACACAUGAGCAACUCCGAUCAGUGUGACAAAGACACUGACAAUUCAUGUGGCUCGGAGGACGAGGACCAUGGUUAUGAUGAUGGCUCGGACUCCGAAAUGGAGAAAAUAUACCGGAACUGACUGCUGCCAGUUGCUGGUGGUCUGCCAGACGCUUGAACAAGAACAUUCUAUCCGAUCUUUAUUCUGGGGAGGCGGGAUGGUGGAAACCGCGGCAACUCAUCGCCGCCUGGAUCGGAUAAGCAAACCAACAGAUGAAUAGCUGAAGUUUGGCUCUUGAAUGCUUGUAAUGUAC